UCCACCGCAUCACCAUUUCCUGAACUUUCUUGCAUUGCAUUUUCCCAAUUUCCCGAUGGACACUAAGCACUUGAAACAACAGGUCGCCUACGUUAGGAAGUCCCUCUUUGAUCAGGGCUACCUAGAUGAUCAAUUUAUGCAACUUGAGGAUUUACAAGAUGAUGCAAACCCUAAUUUCGUAGAGGAAAUUGUAUCUUCCUUCUACAGUGAUUCAGCAAGAUUGAUCCACAACAUUGAACAGGCAUUAGCGAGGAGGCCUGUUGAUUUCAGUAAGCUGGAUGAUUACAUGCACCAGUUCAAGGGAAGCAGCUCAAGCAUUGGAGCUAAAAAGGUGAAGAUGGAAUGCUCACAGUUUAGAGAAUACUGCUGUGCAGGAAACAUUGAGGGAUGCAUUAGAACUUUCCAACAACUGAAGCAAGAGCAUGCCACUUUGAGGAGGAAGCUCGAAGCUUAUUUUCAGUUGGUCAGACAAACUGGGCAAGGUGAGACAUCCUGAAGUGGCAACCAACAUAUAUAUGUAAAAUGUAUAACAUAUAUAAAAAUUAAUGAUAUAAAUGGUGAUGGAGACAAUACAUGCACAAGGAAUCCUGAGCAAAGGCAUUUGCUGGCGUUGGACUGUACGAGUAUAGAGUCCCCCACUAGUUGUAAAGGAUCUUCAAGAAUUUGUCUUUGGCCUGUCUUAUCAGAUGUAUUAAUUAUAGCAGGUAUAUGUGUAAUUAAGUCUUAUAAUUAUUAAAUAAUCACACUUAGUUCUGUGCUUAUGAUCA